AUCCUUUGGUUUAAUGGGAAAUAAUUAAGAUCUUCGCUGACAUUAUUAAAGGACAUGGGUUUGCUGUCUGGAGCAUAAGAAGCUUCUUUUUAAUCUCCAGUAAAAAUGGACAGCCUUUCUGUGUUAAUAAGUAUUGCCUAUAGCGUGUAAUCCCAUGAUCAUAAUGACUGUGCUUCUCCUUGUUCAUCCCAUUGGCAAAUGACAGAGUCUGGGGUGAUUUGCCCUGGAGGACUUGAGCUGUGGCAGAUGAGCAGGCGUGGGUGGAAUUCAGGGAUGUGUUUGACUUGGUCACUGCACUGAUGCUUCAGUUCCCAGGAUGAACUGCACUGGAUGGAGGAGUGAAGCUGCAAAGGAGCAGCUGCUCUGCUGCUCUUGUGCUGUUUCAGCCAGGAGAAAGGAUGCUGAAGAAGUGGAGAGGGAGAUUCAUGGAUGUUGGAGCACUGCAGAGGGGCACAGGGUGGCUGUUGGUCAUAGAAUUUGGGCUGGGUUCUGUCCAUCACGUCAUCUCUUGGGAAUUGUAGCCUGGUUGGGGAGUUCAGCACAGGACCUGGAAAUCAGGAAUGUGCAAUCCACCCUGGUGACUCCACUGUGUGUCCUGCCUCUGCUCACAGGAGCAGGUAAUGGGACGUAGGACACAACUGGCUUGGUGCAGGCCUCCUGCUUCUCCACUAGCAGCUGUCAGCCAGAGGACUGAGCAGGGACAUUCAGUGCUCAAAUGCAAGAGCCCUUCAUCACCUUCAGUGCUCUCCAUUUGGCUGCCACUGUGUCACAAUGAGCCCUUGGCAGAGGGAAUUAUUUAGUCCGGGGAAAUGGAGAUUUAUUUCAAAAAGUCCUUUACUGUACUGUCCUUCUCUCUGACUGCACCCUGGAGGCAUCUCAUUCUUAUAAUGCAGGAAGUAGCUAAGGCUCUCUGUUACAAUUCUUUUAAAAUCAAAACAUUUAAACUCCAAUGAUUUUCACAUUUUCCAGAUAUCCCUCCCGCCGGCAUUAAUUGCCCCCCUGCUGUUCCUGUUCCAAAGCUAUUUACUCUUUCUGUAUGCAGCCCUUGUUCACUGCUGCACUAAACCUUUGCUGCUUUGCAGGAAAAAAAACUUCCACUAAUGCAAAUAGCAUUGAAAUGAGUUUGAUAAAGUGAUAAACAGUCGCAUUUAUUGAUGGCAACUGUUGGGGUUUAGUUUGUUAUUUUACAGUUAUUGUUGUAGAGGUAAAGGAGUUUACAAAUUCCCUUCUGGUGUCAGUGGAGUAAUAGAGCACUCCCAUAACAGUGUUUGGAAAGUGUGGUAGGGCCACCAAGCCAAAGAGAUAAGAGGGUCACAUUCAUCCAAUGUCACAGUGUCCCUUUCCCCUGUGUCAGAUCUCCCUCCCAUCCUGAAAUCUCCCUCUACUUAGCAAUUCUCCUAUUUCAAUUACUGUGUCUUUGGAUGGCAGUUAAGUUUCAUGCCCCUUUAUUUUCUCUUCUCUCUGCUUCUGACACAUUAUUAUUCUUCUUACCAGUGACUGCACAAGGCUGCCAAACUCCCAUAAUCCCCAGAAGUAAUUACAGACACAUUACUGAGCAAUCCCCACUGGUAGGCUGGGUUAAGUGCUUUAUUUUUAUCCAGGGCAGCUACCAAGGAGUGUGAUUGACAUUUGCUUCAUGCAGCAAGUAGCUGCAUGAAAAGACCGGAGUACUUCUGUCACCUGAGCAUUUCAGCUGGGGGUGGGUCCUCUCCUAACCCUGGAGUACCUGGUACCCAAGCAGGGUUGUUAGUGGUCAGUAUGGAAGGGUUUGAUGACCUGCAAGCAUGUGCUGAUCCUGGGGUUCCUAAACAUGGCUACAAGACACCCAGCGCACGUGUUUUCUUUGAAAGAAUGGUGGUCCGGUUCCAUUGCCAAGAAGGAUACCGGCUCAAUGGUACUUCCAAAAAACUUUGUGUGAGACACUUUAAUGGCUCCCUGAGCUGGAAACCCAGUGAUAAACCUGUGUGCCUACAAGAAGUCACAGAUUGCCUUGUUCCACAUGUUGAAGAUGCAGAGGUUCAUAACAAGACAUACAGGACUGGCGAUAAGUUAAUAAUCAGCUGUCAUGAAGGAUUCCAGAUCUGUUACCCUGACUUAGACAACAUAGUUUCUAUAUGCCAAGAUGAUGGAACAUGGGAUAAUCUACCCAUAUGUCAAGGUUGCCUGAGGCCAUUGGUUCUUCCUCAUAGUUACAUUAACAUUUCUGAGUUUGGGGCCUCCUUCCCCAUAGGAACAGUGGUGUAUUAUCAGUGCGUUCCUGGAUAUAAACUAGAAGGGGCAGAGAUCCUUGAGUGCAUGUAUAACCUUAUCUGGUCAGAUAGCCCACCUAGGUGUCUUGAUGUGGAAGUUUGUCCACUACCUCCAAUGGUGAGUCAUGGAGAUUACAUCUGCCACCCACGGCCUUGCGAGCGCUACAACCACGGAACGGUGGUGGAAUUCUACUGCGACCCUGGUUACACCCUCACCAAUGACUACAAGUACAUCACCUGCCAGUAUGGAGAGUGGUUCCCCUCCUACCAAGUGUACUGUGUCAAAACAGAACAAACCUGGCCAAAUACACAGGAGACCCUCCUGACUACAUGGAAAAUAGUGGCAUUUACUGCUACCAGUGUUUUAUUAAUACUGCUACUGGUUAUUUUAGCCAGGAUGUUCCAGACCAAAUUUAAGACACAUUUCCUUCCACGAGGCAACCAGGAAGGCUCCAUGGGUGAUCCCAACUUUGUAGUGGUGGAUGGUGUUCCUGUCAUGCUGCCUUCCUACGAUGAAGCUGUCAGCAGCAGCUUGAAUGCCCUGGCACCUGGAUACUCAGCCGCCACAGACCAGGGGCAUAUUUUGCAGACAGAAGAUCAGAAUCCCCCUGCUUACCCCGGUCCCAGGAUUCCAGACACGCAGCCCAGUGAAUUUGAGACCUGUGACAAUAGGUCGGAUUCCUCUGAACUGCUCCAAAGUUUGUACCCAUCCCUAACAUUCCAAGUGGCAGCACAUCCUGGCUCAGAUCGAACUGACAUAUCCCACAGCACUGACGGGGAUGCUGUAUCCACAAGUCCCCAGAUCAAUAUCACAGAUGAGAUUCCUUUGAUGGAAGAAGACCCUUAGCCUGCACUGAGUCGUGUCCUCAUCACAUUGUACUGUUGGGUGACAUGAAUCAUGAGGAUUCAGAGAUAGAAAAGACUCUCCGUGGAUUUGGGGAAGCUUAUCAAUCUUCCAUGCGGUGAUGUCACCAGGUUGGGUGUAUGUCUUAAUCCACAGUGGGGAUAACAGCGUCAGCAUUCGAAACAGCUGCAGUUUUUUGAAUGAAUCCUGGGGAUUUGAUAAGAGCAGAUGUAGAAAAAGAACUGUGGCUUUUUAGAAGUGAAAUGUAUAUCUACAUCACGGAAAGUCAUACGGCUCUAUGCUAUUGGAAAUUGAUACUAUUAGAAAUGCUAUUGGAUUUUGAUACUAACCGCCUCUCAAACGCAUGUUACAAUAUGUAAAUUUGCUUAUAAAGACUACUUUAAAUGAUCUAUGGAACUCUAAUUUAUGAAGAAUCCUUUCAAGUUUAAAAAAUAUCAGUACUGAAACACACACAAAAAAAGAGGAAAGAUCCUCUUUGGCUUUCCUGUGAUAACCAGGAAGUUUUUGAUUUAGUUGUCAGUGAUUUUGCUUCAGACCAUGUCUGCAGAAAAUAUAAUAGAAAUUAUGGGAUUCAUAUAUACUUUGAUGUACAAUAGCAAAUAUAUAUAAAUAUAUAUAUAUAUAUAUAUAUAUAUUUAAAAACUCUUAAAGAGAAAGAAAAGGAAAGACUCCCAGGUCACAUAAUGAUCUGGAGAUUUUUUUUUUAAAGGUAAGGCAGAAUUUAUAUCAUAGACAGUAUUCAAAGUGAAGUAUCAAUAUUUGUAUUUAUGCAAGUCUUCAAGACUUCUGUGACUACAUUGCAUUUGAUAAAUCCUGCUGUAAUAUGAGAGAUCUAGAAGAUGUUAAAAUUAUGAAAUACAUGCUUAAGAAAUGUCGAACUGCCCUGCUUCAACAUUUCUUAAGUUCUUAAAUAUAUAUAUAAAAAAGUAAUCUACAGUCAUAGCCCAGGGCACUGCCUUGUCCCUGCACAUUGUGGUAAUAUUCUGAGCCAUUAUUGAAGAAUACUUUAAAAAAAAAAAUAAAGCUGAGUUGCAGUUCGACUUAUCUGACUAUUGUGUAGUUGGCCUUUUUUUUUCCUUCCUCACUUCUUUCACUAGCUCCUACCUGAAGGUAGGAGGUAGCAGAAUACCUGUCCUGUGGCAUUUUCAGCUUUACAUCCGUUAUCCAGCUGGAAAUGGAGAGAGUGGUUUUGGUUAAGCAGAGGACACAGAAUGGGUGCAGCAGGGGCACAGCUUCUGCAGAUGCAAUGUGGAUUUCAUCGGGGUUUUUUUUUUUUUCAUCUGCUCUUCAGGCUGUGCCAGAGCAUUUUGCUAAAGCCUGUAUGAGGGGUUCACUCCAUGGUGUUACAGGCUAUUUGUACUUCGUCAGGAAAACUCCUGGCUGUUUCAUGUACUUACUGAAAUCCAAGCUGAUUUUCUUGUCUUAUUUUUGGUAUUGUGCAGAUGAAACACCUGAAACUGGCAGUGUUUGAAGGAAUAACUCACUGCAUGUUAAUAACAGAGAUUGCCAUCAUGUGGGCUAAUCCAAACCAAAGGAGAAAAUUCGACUGAAUCCUGAUUUUAUGUACAAAGUAAAUUAAUAAUACCUCUAUUGCCAUAAAUAGAGGAUCACUACAAGCUGCUCUGUUGUUUUUUCAUGAUUGUUUAAUGAUUUAUUUGUAUUGUAGUAGCAUUUAGUGGCCCCACUCAUGAUCCAGGCUAGUGGAAUAAUAGAUGUGCUGCAACCAUUCAAGAAAAGUGUUUAUUAGCAUCUUGUAAGCAACUGUACAUGACAGCAAGAAGCAAAACCAGACCAAAAGCUGUGGUGAGCAGAAGUAAUUCUGUCAAUUUUCCUACAGUAAGAUUGAUGAAAACACAGUGAUUGGUACUGAAAAAUGAGACAUAUUCCAUUUUAUCUUCCAUCUUUGCUUACACAAUAUUUCCAUUUUUCUUCUCCUGAAUUGUCUCAGUUGCAGCUGCAUGCUCAGGUUUAUCCCACAGAUGUAUCUAUCAGUGUUUGUACUUCCUUGGCUACUCCUUCCUUUUAUGAUAUCAAACUUUCCAGAGGUGUUUGCACGACCAGCUGAUGCUCAGAAUUACCACUCCAGCAAACAAGACCAGAGUGCUGUAAAACCAACCCUGAACUGAAGCACGCCCCAAGCCUCCAGUCAGUUAUGUGAUUUCAGUUUCAUAAUGCCAUUGAAAAGUAUUGGAUUUACUUUAAAUGCCUUAUAAAAUAUUAUGAAAUUCAUCUUUGCUGGUCUUUUAGCAGCUUGUGAAAUUUCAUCCCUUAUUAAAUUUUUUUUGCUUCCAUUUAUUAAUUUCUAUGAAAGCUUCUUGAUUAAUAUUUGGAGCUCUGAGGCUUUACAGAUUCACACUGCAGUGUGUACUGUAUUGCAGUCAUUUUAUUAAAGGAGCCAGACAGGGUAACUGAAGAAAUGUAAAUUUAUGACAUAUUAGAACAUUUUUAUUUUAAGAAGUGCAGAUCUGCAAAUACACCAGAAAACAUGAAUGUAUUAAUUUUGCUUGAUAGCCUUUUGAUAGGACUGUGCCAAAUACAAUUUUUAAAGGGAAGAGAGUUUUACCAUUUUUUGCUUAUGUUGGAUAAAACUUCCUGAAAGGCUGUUUUUGGGGGAAAUUAUUUAUGUAGUUGAGUUUGGGGGUUUUGCAUGCUUGAAUAUCUGGGGGGAAAAAGAGGAUUUUUUUUCUCAUGCUAUUUUUUUUCCACAUAGGGCUUGAAUUCUCAUGAGAGGACUUCCUGCCUUUGGAUCCACACCUGUGUUCCCACCCACAAGGUGACACCCUGGGCUGGGGGCUGCCCCCACAUGCCCCCAGCUUGCCCAGCAACCUGGACAACCUGGAGAACUCCACAGCUCCCUGACCUAAGACCUCAGGAUGUUUUCAGGGCCUCAAGAGACAAGAGGGCUGCUAUGACCAUGGCAGGAUGUUCACUGUGUAAAUGAGACCAGAUGGGAGGAUGAGCACAUCUUAUGCAGAUCAUAAGCUGUUUUCCCUUGAGCUAACUGGAUGAGAAUUAAAACAGAUCCAGCAAAACCCUUGUUGGUGAGGGGUUAGUGAAGAUGAACAACUCAUGUGCCUUCAGCAGAGAGAAAAUGAGUGUGUACUGAGAACUCCAGGAAACAAGAACUGGCUUCACCUUGCCAAUAUUUCUAAAAAUGAGAAAAGAGGAGCAGGAGUGAGCAAUGUGUCAGCCUUGAACACUGACUUACAAACAGGGGCUUUACCUGCAGAGUGCUGGGUGAAGGGUGGGGAUCUAAGGUCUGACAGGAGCCCUGCAGGUAGUGAAUCACAACCUGAGCAUGAGUCAACAGAACCUAGCUGUUGUGAAAAUGUCAAAUGUCAACACAGUGUUUGCACAGAACUGUAACUUAUAAAAUGCAUGAAGCAAUCAUUCAGCUGCACUCAGCACCACUAAGGCCUCAGAUAGAGCGGUGUGUCAAAUGUUGAGCAAUUUUUUUCCUCUUCAAGGUAAACAUGGUGCAGCUGGACAGCAGCCAAGCAGAGAGAAUCAAGCAGAGAGAAUUGGAAGAACCUGUCCUGUCCUCACAGAUUAUGUAGCAUUCAGUCUGAACAACAGAAGACCAAAGAGAACACAGAAAUUCAGUUUUCUGUAAGAAGCAUACUUUGCAGAGAACAUGGAAUUUAUCUGUAUAAGUGGACAAGAAUAAUAGACUUAAUCAAGGCUUGAGAGAAUUAGGUUAGAUAUUAGGAAAAGCAUUCUAGUCACAGGAAUGGUUACUAGGAGAGAGAGAUGGUCUGAAGAAGCUGUUAAAACCUCUGAGAGAUUUUUAAGACUGUUUUAAAUAAAUAGAGGCCAUGAAAACAUUGAGGGAGAUGCACAAUGUGAGUUUUGGGGCCCCUUCUCAUUCUGUCUGUGCAUGAUUCCCAGCUUGUGAGAAUUAAACUUGGCUGAUGCCCAGUUUUGCCCAUAGACUUAAUUCCAAACUGAUGGUACUGGGCACACUAGUUAGUGCUUCUUGUUAGUGCUCAUCAAAACCACAGCUAGAAAUACUCUCUGUCCCACCAACAGAAACUUUCAUGUAGUGUGGGCUGAGCUCCAAUAAAAUUCUGUGAAUUAAA